CAAAAGUUGAAGUUGAAAGGGAGGUUGGAAAGGAGUCAAACAACCUCAUAGGCGGGAGCUCCACCUCCCUCCACUCCUCUUCGUCGCUCUUGCCGUCUGCUCUCUCUCUUCCUUGCGUCUACUGCGGCGGUGAAGGUAGUUAGCGAAACCCCAGAAAAAGCUUCUCUUCUUGCAAUCUUAGGUAUUCUACUGCAAUUUCCAACCCCUUCCCCCAAUUUAGCUCCAAUUUAUUCAACCUAAUUGCACCCUAGAAUUCAAAUGAUUAGGUUUUCCGAACAAUUGAUUUGGAAUUCAAUUUCAUCAUUUCAAUUUCCAGAUUUGAAUAGAUUUUAAAAUCAAAUUCAAGUUACCAAAACUACCUUAUUGUAUGUGAUUACUUCAUUGUUCGUGCAAUUAUCUAGUGUUAUUAGAUGCCCUAGCUUGCAAUUUUAUGUGGAAUUUGAAAAGUAUUGAAGGGGCCUUUCUAUAAGGUCGAAUAACAAUAUGCUGUCUGGAAUUAAGUUGAUUUCUCGGGAUCAAGUUGAUAGGGGAAAUAUCGAGGAAUCGAGUGGCAAGAAAGAUAGGAGGAAGAAGAAGGGUUCCAAAUAUAGUAGUUCAGAUGAUGAAGAGCAUGAGAAAAUUAGGAAAGGGUCUAAGAAAAAGAAGUGGUACUCUUCUGAUUAGUAUUCGGCUUCAUCUUCAGCGGAUGAUGUGAGUGAUAAUAGCUUGGGAGGUGAUAGGAAGAAGCAUAAGAGUCGUAAGCUGAAGGUUAAGAAGAAGUCAAAAAGAAGCAAACGGAAGUAUUCUUCCGAAGAUGAUUCUUCAUCUGGCUCUGAGAGUGGAGAGGAUGAUGGUAUAGGAAGAAGGAAGCGGAGGAGUAAGGGUAAAGAGAAAUAUUCUGGCCCUAGCUCUACGGAUAAAAUUGAUAUCGUGAGAAAAGAAAUGGGGUUGGACUGGAUGACUAGACCAGCUGUAAAAACAGGCAAAAGUUCUCAGCCAGUGUAUAAGGAGCAGCCAGUUGAGUCCGGUAGUGAAGAGAAGGAAAAAGUAAACCGCAAAGAACUGAAUCCUUAUCUGAGGGACAGUGGAAGUGGCUAUCCUGAAGAUGCAGAUCAAACAAAGGCUAAAAGCGAUCAACUUUUGGCAUCUUCUUUAGUGGGGGACGGUGGAGCAAGCUGGAGAAUGAAGGCUUUGAAGCGUGCACAAGAGCAAGCAACACGCGAGGGAACAAAUGUUAAAGAAGUUGUUAAAGAAAGGUGGGGAUCUCUAGGUCAUCUUGCGGUGUCUGUGGCAUCUCGUAGUGCCGCUGCUCCCCGUGCUCAUUUGCACGCCAUAAAAUCUCGGAAGAUAGGAGCAGGCGGGGAAGCUAAAUCAGAUUUAACUAGUGAAAGUAAAAGGGAUCCUGAAAAGGAUACUGGACGUGAAAAUAUGAGGGUUACUUCUGUCCGCCGUCCUGAAAUGAAAGCACCUAAAGUUCAUGAUUCGUUAUCCUGGGGAGGAAGAAAAGGUCAUAAAAUGAGAAGUGAAGAUGCUGCCUUGAUCUCAAAUGCACUUUCUAGCAUAAAUAACUUUUCUAAUGAUGGAAACUUCAUGAGUGAAUUUGUAAAUCAGCACAAAAAACCUGGAUAUGGCUCUCAGGAUGUCUCAAGUUCAAAAUCUGAUGCUAUUCUGGAGGGAGAUUCUGAUUCAGUAAUAAAGAAAUCUAGCGAGGAAAAGCAGCCUCUGAGUGCUAAUCAACUCGCUGCGAAAGCCAUGCAGCUAAGACUAAAAGGCAAGCAUGAGGAAGCUGAUAAACUCCUGAAAGAAGCUGGAAACAAUACAGUGGAUCACAGUGCAGGGGAGAGAUUAGUGAAACUAAGAAACGAUGUCAGUUCGAGCAGAUAUGCUGCACAAGAAAAACAGUUGCAGCAGAAGGGAAAAGAAGAUGAUGGGGAUAGACAUUUGGCUCAGACGAUUACAAAGAAUAAGAAAUAUAGUAUGUCUACUCAGGCUGAUGAUGAAUAUGAUUAUGAUGGGGCACCGACCAAAAAGGGCAGGAGAAAAGGUGGAGACCAUGAGAACAGAUCACAUUCUAUGCAAAAUGUGGGAAAGCGAAUUGUUACCCAACAGGAGCGAUGCUUAUUCUGUUUUGAGAAUCCAAAAAGACCUAAGCAUCUUGUUGUAGCUAUAGCGAAUUUUACAUACCUAAUGCUACCACAAUUCCAGCCAGUUGCCCCUGGCCAUUGUUGCAUAUUAACAUUGCAGCAUGAGUUGGCCACAAGAAUGGUAGAUGAAAAUGUUUGGGAAGAAAUUCGCAACUUCAAGAAGUGCCUCAUUAUGAUGGCUGCUAAGCAAGACAAAGAAAUGAUCUUUUUGGAAACAGUGCUUUGGUUGGCACAGCAGCGCCGCCAUUGCUUAAUCGAAUGCAUUCCUUUGCCCAAAGACAUUGCAAAAGAAGCACCUCUUUAUUUUAAAAAGGCAAUUGACGAGGCAGAAGACGAGUGGAGUCAGCACAAUGCAAAGAAAUUAAUUGAUACGAGUAAGAAAGGGCUGCGUGCUUCAAUCCCCAAGGACUUCCCCUACUUCCAUGUAGAAUUUGGACUUGACAAGGGAUUUGUACAUGUAAUUGACGACGAAACACAAUUCAAAACUAGUUUUGGUCUCAACGUGAUUAGGGGCAUGCUACAGUCCCAGGAUGAAAAUAUGUAUCGUCGUCGUCAGAACGAGUCGGUCGAUGCUCAAAAAGAAGCCGUCUCUGCAUUUGCUGGAGAUUGGAAGCCAUUCGACUGGACCAAACAACUCGACUGAGUUAGGAAUUCGGGAUACGUAGUAUUGUUGUAGAUUUCGAGGAAGACUAACUGUACAUACUAGAAUUUUGUUGACUCAUUCACUAGAUAAAAUUGCCAUCUUUCAUGAAUCUUGUAGUUUGUAUUCUCAAUUUUUUUAUUGAAUACAAGCGCCUUUAUGUUUUGGAA